ACCUGAAGGCAGCACAGUUGUACAACGUCGUUGUUGCUCUUGAACGCAGCUUGUGACCUUUUAUUCAAACUACUUUCUGGACGGAAGAGAAGCAGGAGCUGAGCUUAAAAAAGGCAGCUGGAAUGACGAGCCUCCAACUGAGUGCGAAGGAGGAGAUGGUGGAGAGGUUUCUGGAUGCCGCUGCCAGAGGAGACCUGAACCAGGUGUCCACGAUGCUGUCCCAAAGCUCCUCGCUCAUCAAACAGACAGGAUACAGCGGCUGGACAGCGCUGAUGCUCGGGGCUCGCAACGGACAUUACCCUGUAGUGGAGGCGCUGCUGGCACAUGGCUGUGACAAGUUCUCCGUGAACAGCUCGUCACAGACCGCCUACGAUAUCGCCAAGUUCUGGGGCCACAGACACAUCUCUAAUCUGCUGGGCCGCACGGAUGACGGAAGCCAGCGGGUCCUGCCGGGGGCUGACCUCCACCAGCAGGAGAACUACUUCAGCAGAGAGACGCUGGACCGGCUCAGCGCCAAGAGGACCGACAAGGUCUGGUUGGAGGAUAAACAGAGCGGCCCAAACACAGUCUACCUCCUGUUCUCCAACUGUAGCCCCAUGGUCACGAGCCUGCAGGAGGACGACAACGCAGGGGGUGAGAACCAGCUGUGUCGGUUCAGAUAUGAGACAGUUAAAGAUCUUCUCCAGAAACCUGCGACUGUGCUUAUCUUCCUGGGGGUGGAGAAGAGGAAGAAACCCUCCUCUCAGACAGUAGAUGGUAUGCGAGAGCCACCUGCUUGGUUUGCCGUCAACACUGACGAAGACUCUGCUGAACUUCUUAAACGCUGCAGAGAAAAGAACUGCUGCUUCCCAAAGACGCCCAACAGAGACCUGCUGAAGUUCAGCGAGGAAGAGGCAGGAAUUGUAGCUCAAGCUCGAUCGGUGUUGGCCUGGCACAGCCGCUACAGCUUUUGUCCGACAUGUGGCAGCAGCACCAGGGUGGAGGAGGGCGGAUACAAGAGGAGCUGCCUGAACUCAGACUGCAGGAGCCUCAAGGGGGUUCAUAACACAUGCUACCCACGAGUCGACCCAGUGGUCAUCAUGCUGGUGAUCCACCCUGAUGGAAACCAGUGUUUACUGGGAAGAAAGAAGAUUUUCCCUGUUGGCAUGUUCUCCUGUCUGGCUGGAUUCAUAGAGCCUGGGGAGACGUUGGAGGAGGCGGUGAGGAGGGAGGUUGAGGAGGAGAGCGGAGUGAAGGUCGGGCCCGUUCAGUACAUCUCCUGCCAGCCAUGGCCGAUGCCCUCCAAUCUCAUGAUUGGCUGCCUGGCUGUUGCCAUAUCGACUGACAUCAAAGUGGACGAGAAGGAGAUCGAGGAAGCUCGGUGGUUUCAACGGCAACAGGUGAUUGACUCUUUCAGAGGAACCCGUCCAGCCUUCACCAUUCCUCCCAGGCAGACCAUCGCCCACCAGCUGAUCCGACACUGGAUCGGCAUGAACUCUAACCUCUAACCUCCAACCUUUAGCACUUAACUUCCAGACCAUAAGGUGGAUCUAUGAACCAGAAGCAGUCAGAACUAUUGCUACUUUAUUAACCAAACCAGCUACAUUACCGUUGAGCCAGAUUCGGCUGCCUGUACAGGACACAGUGUGUAUAUGUGUUUUGUUGUCACCGUUAAAUCCAAAUCAUUUGAACGCACCGCUCCUAUGUGUGUAGCCUGUACAACACCUGCAGAGAAAGACGAAGACAGAACUGUUAAAGAUGGGAAAGAUGAUCAACAAUAAACCUUUACUUGAAAGUAA